UUCCACUCCAGAGCAAAGCAUAAAAAUGGAAUACUUCAUAUUGUAAAAUUAAGACUUUGACGAUCCUUUGCCUCCUCAAUCGGCUAUUUCACCCCUUUCUGUUUCUCUCCACACGCAGUCUGCUCCUCUCCAAUUCAUGAAGACUCUGCUGUUUUCAUACCCUAUUUUCACUGCCAAAUCUACCCACAACAUAACACACAAGCCGCCACUGAUAUCGGAUUUUAGUAGCCAAUUGGGGUUUUCUUACUGUUCCAAUAAUAUAAAGGGAAGUAACCAUUUCAAGUUAAGGGUGAUUGGUAAGAACUUUGAAGAAGACGGCUAUUCUACCCAUGAAGACGAAGAAAAUGAUGGCUUUUUAUUGGGUAUUGAGAAAGAUACAGUUGCUGAGUUUCAAUUAAUUCCUCAAUCUGGUGACUUUGAAGUUGGCAACUUCUAUGAUGACAUAUUGGCUGACAAAUACGAAGCAAGUGUGAGUGAUGAAUUAAUAGAAGAAAGACUUACAGAACUGACAUACAACAUUGUUUUUGUUACUUCUGAGGCAUCACCAUACUCGAAAACAGGGGGAUUAGGAGAUGUUUGUGGUUCUUUGCCUAUUGCACUUGCAGCACGCGGACACCGUGUAAUGGUUGUUUCGCCUAGAUAUUUGCAUGGUGACCCUUCUGAUGAUAAGUUUGCUGGUGCCACCAAUCUUAAUUGUGUAACUAAGGUUCACUGCUUUGGUGGGAUCCAACAGGUUGAUUUCUUUCAUGAGUACAGAGCAGGUGUUGAUUGGGUGUUUGUCGACCACCCUUCCUACCAUCGUCCUGGAAAUCCGUAUGGUGAUAUCUAUGGUGCAUUUGGUGAUAACCAGCAGUUUCGGUUCACCUUACUUUGUCAAGCAGCAUGUGAAGCUCCUUUAGUGCUUCCUUUGGGAGGGUUUACAUAUGGAGAAAAUUGUUUGUUUCUUGCUAAUGAUUGGCAUGCAGGGCUUGUACCAGUACUAUUGGCAGCAAAGUAUCGUCCAAAUGGAGUCUAUAAAGAUGCUCGGAGUAUCAUUGCGAUACAUAAUCUUGCACACCAGGGAAUUGAGCCUGCAGCAACUUACGGUAAUUUGGGAUUGCCCCUGGAGUGGUAUGGAGCUUUGGAAUGGGUAUUUCCUACUUGGGCAAGGACGCAUGCUCUUGACACAGGUCAAGCUGUUAAUAUAUUAAAAGGUGCAAUUGUCACUGCUGACCGAAUAUUGACUGUUAGCCAGGGUUAUUCUUGGGAAAUAACAACCCCAGAAGGUGGAUAUGGUCUAAAUGAGCUACUGAGUAGCCGAAAGUUUGUUGUGAAUGGAAUCACAAAUGGUAUUGAUGUUACUGAAUGGGAUCCGUCCUCUGAUGAGCAUAUUGCUUCUCAUUACUCUAUGGAUGACAUUUCUGGAAAGAUUAAGUGCAAGAUUGCACUGCAAAAGGAAUUAGGUCUUGCAGUUCUGCCUGAUUGCCCAUUGGUUGGGUUUAUUGGGAGAUUGGACUACCAGAAAGGCAUCGAUAUACUUCUCUCUGCAACUCCAAACUUGCUACAAGAUGAUGUUCAAUUUAUUAUGCUUGGAUCUGGAGAGAAACAAUACGAAGAGUGGAUGAGAGCGACUGAAACAUCAUUUAGUGAUCAAUUCCGAGGAUGGGUUGGGUUUAAUGUUCCCAUUUCUCACCGCAUAACUGCAGGAUGCGAUAUUCUAUUAAUGCCCUCAAGAUUUGAGCCUUGUGGUCUAAAUCAACUAUAUGCAAUGAGAUACGGAACUAUACCAGUUGUCCAUGGAACCGGAGGACUUAAAGACACUGUGAAGACUUUCAAUCCAUUUGCUGAAGGCAAAGGUGAAGAAGGUACCGGAUGGGCCUUCGCACCAUUGACAAAAGAAUGCAUGUUGGAUGCACUGAGGGUUGCUAUAAGGACAUACAGGGAGCACAAGACUUCUUGGGAAGGAUUGAUGAGGAGAGGAAUGGAAAGGGACUGCUCAUGGGAUAAUGCUGCAGUUCAGUAUGAGCAAGUUUUUGAAUGGGCUUUCAUGGAUCCCCCUUAUGUCACUUGAUUAACCAUUACAAAUACAA